UAAAUAGAGGGAGUGGCUUGCAUAUCGCAAUAUAACACCACUCUAUUAUUAUUAUUUUUCCUUAAAUAACCAAAUUAUAGCUAAACAACACUACAGACCUUUUCAACACCAACAAUAAAAAAAAUAGAAAAAAGAUCAUACUUGAUUUUUUUUUUUAAUUUUUUUCUAAUUAUUAUAAUUAUCUAAACAUAGUUAUGUCCUCCUCGUUGUCCUUAAUGGAUUUAGCCGCAAUAAUUACAGAUUAAUUCGGAGAAUAUAUAAUCUUCUUUACUUAUGUUUUUUCUCUUCUCCCCACCCUAAAAAUAUUCUUGCAAUAAGGUGGAGCUUAAACUUUUAAGGGCUAUAUAUAUGUAUAUGUAUUAAGAUAUAUUAUUUUGUCUUUAUUUUUUAUUAUCUCAAAAUACAUUGAGCAAUAUUUCAAGAAAAGUAAUCAUGUGUGAUACCAUGUCUGGACCUCUUGAACGCCCCAUUAAGCCAGGUUUGGAAGAGAGCUACGACGAUGAGAAGAAGACGAGACUUGGAUCGUUGAAGAAGAAGGCGAUCAAUGCCUCGACCAAGUUCAGGAAUUCUUUGACGAAGAGAGGAAGAAGGAAUAGUAGGGUUAUGUCAGUCACCUUUGAUGAUGACAUUGAUGCUGAUGAAUUGCUAGCUGUGGAUGCAUUUCGCCAAGCACUUAUCUUGGAUGAGCUAUUGCCCUCCAAACAUGAUGAUCAUCACAUGAUGCUAAGAUUCUUAAGAGCCAGAAAAUUUGACAUUGAAAAGACCAAGCAAAUGUGGACUGAUAUGCUGCAAUGGAGGAAGGAUUUUGGUGCUGACACUAUCAUGGAGGAAUUUGAAUUUGAUGAGAUAGAUGAAGUUCUGAAUUACUAUCCACAAGGACAUCAUGGAGUUGAUAAGGAUGGAAGGCCUGUUUACAUCGAAAGACUCGGACAGGUUGAUUCGACUAAGCUUAUGCAAGUUACAACAAUGGAUCGGUAUGUGAAGUACCAUGUUAGAGAAUUUGAGAGAACCUUUGCUGUCAAGUUACCUGCAUGUUCUAUUGCAGCAAAGAAGCACAUUGAUCAGAGUACUACCAUUUUGGAUGUCCAAGGAGUGGGGCUCAAAAACUUCAACAAAGCGGCGAGGGAUCUAAUCCAGCGCCUUCAAAAGAUUGACGGUGACAAUUAUCCUGAGACAUUGAACCGUAUGUUCAUCAUCAAUGCUGGUUCAGGAUUUAGGCUAUUGUGGAGCACUGUUAAGUCAUUCCUUGACCCAAAAACCACUGCAAAAAUCCAUGUUCUUGGUAACAAGUACCAAAGCAAGUUGCUUGAGAUAAUUGAUGCAAAUGAAUUGCCAGAGUUUCUAGGUGGUUCUUGUACUUGUGCUGACAAGGGAGGCUGCAUGCGUUCGGACAAGGGCCCGUGGAAUGAUCCCGAAAUAUUCAAGAUGGUUCAAAAUGGGGAAGGAAAAUGCACCGGACGAGUUCUUUCGGGCAUUGAGGAGAAGAGAAUCUCUGAGGAUGAGAAAUCAAGCUCAAAGAGAUGUCAUUCUUUCAAUUCGGAAACAAGUCAAGACACUUCAGACUUGAAGUGUCACUCUUCAAGAAGGUUUUUGGAGCAUCCAACAUUAAGUCCUGUUCAUGAAGGUGAUCUUGUAACCAAAGUCUACAAAUUCAACGACUUUACUCCUAUGGUUGACAAAGUUGUGGAUGCAUCUUGGCCUAAAGCAGUCAAAAACAACAAAUUUGGAAGCAAUAAAGCUUUUGCGGUUAAUGAAGCCUGCAAGGCAGCAAAUGGCACGAGCAACCAGCUGUUUUCGGGAAUCAUGGCGUUUGUGAUGGGGAUUGUAACUGUCGUCCGUCUCACAAGAGACAUGCCAAAGAAAAUUACUGAAGCAGCAGUGUACGGCAGCCCUGUGUACUACGAUGAGAUCGCCAUGAUCAAGGGGAGCCAGUUGCCUGCGCCUGCAGCCAUCUCAAACACCGAGUACAUGAACAUGAUGAAACGCAUGGCUGAGUUAGAAGAGAAAGUUUCUGUUCUAAACAUGAAACCAGUAGUCAUGCCUGCUGAGAAAGAGGAAAUGUUGAAUGCAGCUUUGAACCGAGUCAGCGCUCUUGAACAAGAGCUAUCAGCAGCCAAGAAGGCACUUGAAGAUGCUCUUGUUAAACAAGAAGAGCUUGUGUCUUAUGUUGAUAAGAAAAAGAAGAAGAAGAAGAAUAAGUUUAACCCAUUUUGCUGGUGAGUGAUAUGUUGUGAACACUGUUUUUAAUAGAAGAGGUUUCAUGAACCGUUGAUUGAAGCCGGUGGCGAUGUUGAUUUUUCGGCCCCACUAAUUGUAUUUCAAAGUGAUUUGUGUAUGUAUGUAUGUAUUUGCCUUGGUUAAUUUCAUGUUAAGUAUUCUGUACAUUAUUGAUCUUGUAAACAGUGAGCUACUAUUUUAUAUGUAUAUUUUGAGUUAUGUGAGCAUCAAAGCUAGCUAGAUUUGAAGCUUUCAUUCA